GCUUUCACACGUCCCAUGUUUCCUUGUUCUAGUUUUCUUUCCAAAUUAUGACAGCGGCUGUUGCAACUUAUUUUGAAUCAUUUCCUCAUUCCUGUAUUUCUAACGCCGUGUUCAGGUGACUUUCUUUUGGCGUAUCUCCAAAAGAUUCGUUAUACGCGCUCAUGGAAAGCUAGAUAACCUUUUUUAUGCAUUUUGAUUUUUAAUUUCUUACUUUUCUUCUAUAGUUUACUGUUAGUUCAAAACUUGUUGGUACAAAACUCCUUUCGCCUCGUGUCUACGGGCUUCGACCGUACAAACAAUGACUGUAUCUAUUUUAGCCUCAGUAUCUAGAUUUAGAUCUGCGUGACUCACUAUUUCGUUUAUUUUCUUUUUCCGGUCAGACUGUUUUUAUUUGCCGCAAUUACCUUUUGUCCUUGUUUUAUUCGAUUGCAUUGACAUUAAAACUUCGUCGGACUGUAUUUUUUUUAACGUUGUCUAAUGUUUUUGUUUAGGUCAUUGACCCUGUGUUAGAACAACAACCAUAAUAAUAUAUUCCUUCAGAACUAGACAGAGAUUUUAAUAGUCAUUUUGUAGAUAAAACAACUGUUGUAGACAAGACUCAUCUUCAAUUCUAACGAAAAUAACUCUCUCCAACAUAUGUUGCAUUCUCGCAAUGUGCAUCCAGCCAGUCUCAUCAAUGUUUUCUUUUUUCUGGUUCUAAAUUUGAACGCGGCCACGCGCCAGUCGCUGCGCGCGCGCACCCCAUAGUGCACUGAAAUUCUGAUUUGAAUCUUUCGUCGUCCUUUUUUGAAUCGGCUCUGCAUGCAGGUUUCGGUAAAUAUUUGGUUGGUUUACUGUAAAUAACGUUAGAAUAUGAAUCCCGUUAACGCUUUUCUAUUUGUUUUGGCUGGCGUAAGGUCAUGAUAUUAUGGUUUGAUCCAUGAUAUCAGCUUUUCAGAUUAUCCCAUUCUUGUGCUGUAUUAGGCUUUUACACGCCAAGAACCUUUCUUCGUAAUAAUAAUAUGUAGAGCUAUUUAAAAGGCACUGGAAUAUUACCGAAGGACUAUUUCUAGAUGACAUUUCAAAUGUCAAACGAUCAUCUAUUGUCGGGUUUAUAACAUAAUGCAAUCACUUGCGGUGUUUAGAAGUUCGUUUUCUUUGUAGUUGAGCCCCGAUAGAGUCCUGUGCCGGCCAGUAGUAGCAGUCUGUUCGAUUUUCAAAAUAUGACAGCAAUUUUUUCUUCUAUUAACGGCCAGUUGUGGACAAAUAAUCUAAUAAUAAAAAGGUACUGGCCAUAGUGUAUUGUGACUUUAAAGUUGGAACUUGUGACUUUAAGUGAAUAAGUACAUUUGCUUUUUAUUGAAAAACUAUAGUGAUUUCGUGUUGACUGCAAUAUUAGUGUUAUUCUGUGAACAUGGGGAAGAAGAAGAAAAAUAAUGCCAAAAAAGGCGGUAACAGAUUCUUUCGUUGGAUUCGAAGUGACCUACCGGACGAAGAAGACAAAAAGUCCCCAGUCCUGCUUCUCGGCGUCAACAAAAUAUCUGAAUCGCCAUUCGUCAGGCGUCGAUCUAACGACGGUGCCCAAACUUCGGGAUCCAUAAGAUUCUUCAGACCCCCAAAGUCCAAGUACACGAGAGGCCUCCAUGGCGACGAGAGGUUGGAGAAGAUCCGCCAGGAUCUGCUAACACACAAGCAUGGAGCUGACAGGUACAUUCCAAUUGACAAGAAGGAUAGAUCCCUGCAGGAAGAGGAGAGAGAAGUGUGCGUCAAACUGAAUUGUGCCGGAAACUGUGUCUGCAAGAGGCAGAGCUCGUCCAACCGAGGGUCAUUCUCCUUCCACAGACCCGGCAACAGACAAUCCUCUCUGUGUCCCUCCGAACCCUACGGCACUGAAGCCAAGCCUAGUGACAGCUCCGAGAAUGAUAUAGAGUUCAAAUACACAGAGUACGAAGCUGACAACCAACCGUGUAGUAGCAAGCAGACCUCCUACAACGUAACGCCAAAGUCAACCGAACGAAGAUCUCUGUUGCUGGCGAAUCUCAACGAGAGAUUCCGCAAAACUUUAAGUUUAGACUCGAGGAAAGUCGAAACUAAUAGAGUACCCCUAAGCCUGCCACAGGAAUCUCGGCCUAAAUCUCUGGUCAACACCAGCAAUAUUGUUGUACAACCUUUUAAGGCUGACGACCCGUUUCUGAGCUCGAAUUUUAGCAAAGCUAGCCAACCUAAGAAGAAGAGGAAGUCGUUUUUCUCUCUCGACACAUUCUUCGACACAAAAAAGUCUGAUACAUCGUCAGUUGAUGACUAUUGCUCGUCUAAGUACAAACGGUUCGAGUUGGAAAGCGACGAGUCACCUCUCUUCAGAAGCAAUCGGGAAAAAACUCCCGAUCUCUUGAAAUUGCCAGUAAUAAUCAACGGAGUACGCAAGAACCAAUCGGAUGCCAAGCGACAGUUGGAGAAAUUAGAAAGCCAUUACUAUAAAAGUCUUACAAAAGCAGAGAGCGUUUCCAAAACCGUUAUCGAUGCUGUCCCCAAGGAUGCGACCGAUAUACAAGGUCCCAGCGGACAUACGAACCACGUGUAUGAUGAUGACGACGUAGAAUACAUAGAGCCUAUCAGAAGCAACUUCACUAGUCAAUCCACGCUAAUACUCGACAAAAACAUUCCUCAGGACUUACUCAAGCCUGACUCUCUACUAACUAUAAACACUAAUGAGACUGACAUAAAAUUACCUAGCUCUACUGUAUCUCCCAAGUCGAAUGGGAGAUCCGAUUUGGAUAGUAUCGGACCCUACGAAAUUGAAGUUAAAGAGAGUGACUUUUUAAAAGAUCGCGCAAAGCAUUUGACCGUCAAAGUCAUGGAUAAGUCGGUGGAUUCGAUCGGCAGUUGUUCGCUAGAUGUCGACGCAAGCACAGACUUCUCAGAUACCACGUCCGGUAGUCUGAACCUGCUGACGCCCUCGUCGACCACCAGUCGCGUCCGGGACUUCACGUCGCGCAUCCAGGAGCGCGCCCACCCCCCGCACCCCCCGCGCGCCGCCAACCUCACCCCGACGCCAACCCCCAGCGAGGCACCAACACCCAAGUAUCAGAAGAGCGAUCAUCUGCUCAAACCGCCACCGAAAGUCACGAUUAGUGACACAGCCAGUCAUAGGUCGAGAGGACAUCAUAAGAAGAGAGACGAGGUGCCUAAUAAGAAGCCUAGCUAUCUGAAUUUGGCGUGCAGUGUUAAUGGUUACACGAAUCUGACCACAUAUGAUUCGAAGUUAAGGCAGGAUAUAAACAAAAGCCGUGAAGCGUCUCCUAUACGGCCAAUAACGCAUACAUACCAGCAUCGCGCUGAGAGCAAUUCCCUGUUGGUGCCGGUCCCAGUCAGUGCCAACAAACUGUUGGUCCCAACGUUCGGGCCACAUGAUACGCGGACAGAUCUGACAGUGAAAGCGCCUGCCAAGGCGCACACGGACCCAUAUCUGGCCAGCUCCCCGCUACAUGUCUACAUGGCGACGGAGAAUAAACAGUUGAAGAACGACUUCCUCGGCCCAGCCAUGACGGCGAGUAGGCCGUAUAUGUCCAGCGAGAGCAAGAACUUUGCCACCUCCAUGUUACACCAGAAGGAUGAGGUGGACAAUGUGAAGGAAACCUCGUUCAAGUCCAGCUAUUCGGAGAGCAAUUUCCGGAAGACCACGAGCAAUGGACAGAAAAUUGACAGGUUCAGCUCGGAGUCUUACACAAUUAGCUCGAAUGGCAUGUCGAAAAGGGUGGAGAUAACGAAGGAAAAUGGUGAACAGUUAACUAGCCCAAUGAAGAGCUUUAUCCAGCAAAGGGUGGAGAGGUUGUAUGGGCCCGGAGCAUUAGCGCAGGGGUUCUUCAACCAGAAGCGACAUAAAAUGAAAUCCCAAAGCGAAGACGAGGUCCUAACAGAGAAAUCCCUAAACUGUUCCAGUGAGCGUUUCUACACGCCGAGGAGAUCGUUUGAGAGCUUCGAACAGGAGAACGUGUAUUCUAGUCCAAGUCCAAACGGCGAGGCUGACCCGAAUGUCUCUCUACCUGUCCUACGGCAUUUGAGGCCCGAAUUCCGCGCCCAACUGCCCAUCCUAUCACCAAAGAAGAGUCCCAAAUCGCCGUCGCAGACCGACCAACACAUUCCACUAUCCCCCGAGAAGACUGACGUUCCAAUUUCAAAAGUGGAAAAACCAGCCAGUGAUGUGAUAGCCAAUGGUGUGUCUGUGAUAAAGUUAGAGUCCCAAAGUGAAGUGAAUGGUUCUGUGAACGGUGUGGCCAGUAAUGGCGUGAGUGAUUGUUCCGAGGAUGUGGUGAAAGAUGGACAUUAUUUCUUAGCGUUGGAGAAGAAAGAGACGGAGAGGCUGCUCGCUCUGUCUGCGAGGGCUGAAAAGGAGCUGGAGAGUUUACAGGACAACAAAGAGGUGAGCGAGGAGGUGCUCGGCUUCCUGCGCUCGGCGGCCGGCAAGGCGCGCCUGCUCGCCACGCAGAAGAUGCAGCAGUUCGAAGGCCUCUGCUACAACAACAUAAACGGCGGCGCCAACGAACAGUUCCCCACCACGGCUGAAGACCUGCAGGGGUUCUGGGACAUGGUGUGUCUGCAGGUGGUCAAUGUGGACGCGCUGUAUAAGCACAUGGAUGAGCUUAAGCAGAAUGGGUGGAGGGAGCUAACCCCCCCAACAGUGCGUCAAGCCGCCCCCACCCCGCGCACGCCGCGCCCCCGCGCCGCCGCCGCGCCGGCCAACGAGAAGGCGAGGGCCCAGGCCGAGAAGCGGGACGCUGAUAGGAAGGCUAUGUUGGAGUUGAGGAGGCGAGUGGCGCGCGAGCGACAGCUGGCGGCCAAAACCUCUCCCGGGAACAGCCACGAGCCCGACGCACACACCGCCGUUGAGGGACCACAGGAAGUAGAAAUCUACGUAGGCAAGGGCGCCAAGCCUUCCAAAAUAGCUCCGAAAGGCGACUGCACCAGCACCACCCAGUCUGACGACUCCUCGGCCGUCAGUGAGAGCUGAUUCUGAAACUAUAUCCUGUAAAAAAUUACUAUAGUUAUAUCCACACUUCUGCUACUUACAAAAAAAAGGCUUCGCGGUUCCUAAAGCUAAGUCGGCGCAAUGUGCGAGAGUGUAGUUGUCACUAUUAUACCUUGUUCCAUUUCAGAAGUCUCAUAUAACAAGCGAUUUUAGAUCUUAUAUUCAAAAUAAUAAGGGUCCAGGAUAUAUCUAGCCAUCAUGCGUGAAAUACCUAUGGGGUGACUAGCUAUUAAGCCACCCAAGGUCACGCCAGAAAGCCAGUAGACGACCUAGGUUGCUUAUGACUUCCCUGAGAGACCUCGGAGAUCCGAGGGUUUUGCUCGUAGUGUGUCCACGCCUUUGCAAUAAGGGGAGCUUUUUCGUGGAACAAGGUAUAGCAGUCGGUUCUGACGCUACACAUUUUAAAUUUAUAGCCGUUGACAGUAAAAUUUGGCCAAUACAUAAAUAAAUUUAUGAUUGCGAUCUUAGAAGUGAUUUUGGUAUGAUUAUCUUUUUAGUAUUUGGCAGCACUUUACAAUAUAAACGGUGUGGCUUUUAUAUCGUACUGUAUUGUAACUAAAUCUAGGUAAGUAGCAACCAAUCCGUUUGUAUAUUUACCCUACUGGGCCUAAAUGAGGAAAAUAUCCUUAUAAGUUGGUUUAACAGGUUCUAAAUUAUGCUUUCACAAAAACUAUGUAACCCCAAUAAAGAAACUAGUUUUUACUGUACAAUAAUAUUAUUAGUUUGUCAAUCUACAGCAACUGCAUCGAAUAACGUCUAAUUUAGUAAUAAACAUAGCAGUAAAUAAUUAAACUCAUGAUAAUCGGGUAGUAAUUUUGUACUAAACAUUUUAUUAACUUGAUGAUUUUUUAUUUCUUUUUGUAAAUACAUUGUAUGGCCUCAAAAAAUGUACACAUUUUUAUUUUGAACAAUAUGACGACCUUUUGCAUUUAAGUUAUUUUGUUUUAAUCAUUAAAUUACUAUAUAUAUUCGAAAAAUUUAAAUUCUACUAAGUUCAUAAAAAAACAUACUUAUUAAAAUUGAAAAUGAUUGAUUGACAUAUUUAUAACUUAUCAUAAUAAUUAUUAAUAAGUAAUUCACUUUAGUUAUUACUUUAGAGACAGUGAAAUUUAUGUUUCGUUGAAAUAUAGUCAUCAAUAUCAUCGUAUUUUAACCAUUUUCAUUUUCUUAAUGUAAUGCUCAAUUUGUUUUAAUUUGAAGACAAUAACUGACAUAAAUUUUAGUUAAUUUAAUGCAAUAUAUUUAUGAACAAAGUAAAAGAUCUGUUUUAGUCGCACCUCGAAAUAUGCUUUUAGUCUACAUUUAAACGGUGUUAAAUAAACAUGUAUAUCUUUAUAAAUGUCUAUUUAACAUUAUUUGUCUCUGCUUACUCGGCUUACUAAUAAACCAAUUACAAAGGCUUAAAAAUUAUAUACUUAUAAAUAAUUAAAUUCAGGCAUAUAAAUAUAAGACAUUUAUUGUAAAUUGGAACCCCUGCAAGUAUUUUAUAUCGCUAUAGAUAGUGUAAAGCUUUUGUAAAAAUAAGUAACCACGAUACUCUUAUUAUAGCUAAAAGUGUUAAUAUUCGAAAAUAGGAAUCUAUUUUUCAAAAUAAUAUCGCUUGCUCAUACAUUGAAUGUAAAUUUCUGAUGAAAAAUUCAUGGGCCUUACCUUCUUUAGUUUACAUACUUACUUUAGAUUCAGAUUGGGCAAAGUAUGUGUUAUUCUCCUCCAUACAAUUAUUAUGAAAGCUAGCGGUGUGGUGGAAGACACAUCAUAUUUUUACAUGAAGUGCAGUCUUAUUUGUACUUAUUCUGCACGAAAUAGCAACAUAUCGACGCUGGAAAGUCAAAAAUAACUAAGCGUAAUUUUUCGGACAUAUAAAGGGAAUCAGGUUAUAUAGCUCACUCAUUGUUGAAAAAAAUAUCCCUUAGUAAUUUUUGCCUUUUAAUUUCCACCGUCGAUAUAUUAAUUUAACCCUGGUAGUGGCCCUUAGCACAGUAAUGAGUGUUGUUUUUAUGUGUAUGAAACUUUGUUACGUUUUGAAUGGUAAAUGUAUGUGUUUUGUAUGAAUUGUUGUGUUUGUGUAAUAAAUAAUAUUAAUGAUAAAUUGGUUAGUGCAUUUGUGAAUUUGUAUCGAGCUCUGCUAUUGAUGGAUGUUCUAUGGAAUGGUCAUUUUAAGAAAUGGAAAUUUAAAUUAAUCUGCAAAUCUAGCACGGGGCACGCGCACGAUAAGAAGUGGCAAAAGUUUUCUGUCUCAUUUGCUUUCGAAGGCGCAUGAUAUGCUCUUAUGUCGAGUGAUACACAAAUCUUUUGCCACGUCUUGUGCUAGGUAUGCGGGUAUUAACUAUGUAUUUUAAAAUUAUUGUGAAAAAACAUAAGUAAAUUAUAAACAUGUAUACAUGAAUAUUUUCUAUGGCGUAAGUAGAUAACAGAACUGAUUUUUAGCUGUAAAAAGUAUGUGACCGAAUUAAUUCAUUAGUUUGGGAAAUCAUGAAAACAUGUAUUUAUUAUUAGUAAAGUUAAAAGUGAAGAUCCACUAAAUCAUAUGGAAUAAAUAUAUAUUUAUGUGCACUCUUUUGUCGAAGUUACAAGUUUUUAUCUGAGGACUUAUACAUAUAAAAUACUAAACAUUGAUUAUUCUAUGUACUGUAAUAUUAAUUGCAAAAUAAAAGGUCGAUGAAUAAUA